CCCGCCUUGAACGGCAUGGGCGAGGCGGGGUGACAUCACUUGCCACCCCGCCCAAGGCUCGGACCCGUCGGACGGGCUCGAGCGGCUUCCUCCCCCUCCCGCCGACAACUGCCCCAACGGCUCUUCCCGCCUAGUCGGGACUCCGGCAGGUCUUAGCGGUGGGAGGAAUCAUGGAUGCCCCGCCCCUUUCACCUGGAGGGGGCGGAGCAGCUGUCCGUGACGCCAUCAGAGAGCGUCCGAAGAGGGGCCGAGCGCGAGUUGGAGAUGUUGGAGUCGCUGUUGGCUCUUGGCGGCCUGGUUUUGCUGCGGGACUCCGUGGAGUGGGAGGGGCGCAGUCUCUUGAAGGCGCUUAUCAAGAAGUCUGCAGCCUGUGGAGAGCAAGUCCACAUCCUGGGCUGUGAAGUGAGCGAGGAAGAGUUUCGUGAAGGUUUUGACUCACAUGUCAACAGCCGGCUGGUUUACCAUGACCUCUUCAGAGACCCUCUCAACUGGUCAAAGACUGGGGAAGCCCUUCCUGAGGGGCCCCUGGGAGCCUUGAGAGCCAUGUGCAGGAGGACAAAUCCUGGUCCUGUCACCAUUGCUCUGGAUUCACUCAGCUGGCUGCUGCUUCACCUUCCCUGCACCACACUCUGCCAGACCCUGCAUGCUCUGAGCCAUCAGGACUCCUGCCCUGGUAACAGCACCCCAGUGGAGCCGGUGCAUGUGCUGGGCUUGCUACAUGAAGAGCUUCAUGGCCCAGGCCCCGUGGGAGCAUUGAGCAGCCUUGCUCAGGCUGAGGUGACCCUGAGUGGUGCAAUGGGUCAGGCCUCUGCCCACAUCCUCUAUCGGAGGCCCCGACAGCGCCCGACCCAUCAGACUCAAUGGUUCUCCAUCCUGCCUGACUUCAGCCUGGAUCUCCGAAGGGGGCCCCCCCUAGAGUUGCAGCGCCACCCAGAUCCUCACACCCCCCCGGUGGACCCCACGACUCAACUGACAUUUAAUCUUCACCUAUCCAAGGAAGAGAAAGAAGCCAAAGACAGCCUGACCCUGCCCUUCCAGUUCAGCUCUGAAAAACAGCAGGCUCUACUGCGCCCUGGGCCAAGCCAGGCUACCAGCCGCAUCUUCUAUGAGCCAGAUGCUUAUGAUGACCUGGACCAAGAAGACCCAGAUGAUGACCUAGAUGUUUGACUGGACUCUAAUUGGAAGGGGAGGAGGAAGACCUCCGGCUCAUAACCAUCCUUCCAUUGGUCUUACCCUGUCCCUGCCCCACCUUUGUCAGCGUGUCUAUGAAAGCCUUGCCCCGUGAGCCAGGGAGCAGCAUCCAAGUAGACCAAAAGUGAGAUGGGGGUGUAGGGGAAGGUGAGAGAAUAGGAACUCCCCCCCAAAGCCUAAUAAAAUAUUUUUUUAUUAAAAAAGAAA